UUAUAACACUCCGGCACAAACUGGGCCCAUGGCGCAAGUCUCAGGCUCUCGUCGUCGAAAGCGUAAAACCGUGAAUUGCGAGGAAUGCCGACGCUCUAAAUUACGAUGCGAUCGCCAGCAUCCGUGUGGCGCUUGCAAGCGUCGCCGACGCGAUGCCAGCUGCUCCUACGAGGUUUCCACAGAUGUACCUUCACCAGCCAACACUCACAGAACAGCCGCUACUGCUCAAGCGUCAACUGUGUUUGGCAAUAGAGUAGGAUCGCCAUGUACGCCAUCGAGACAAAACCUUGCCAGAGCUUCAGCAUCACAACAGGGGCUGCAGGUAUCUGAAACGGAUCAAUUGCCUCUGGAUACGCACUGGGAAACCGUGCUUGAAAGACCUGCCCCAGAAUCCGAUGCUUACGACGCUUCAUCACCUCUUUCAAUUGGCCUGCGUAUGUCUCUCCAAGAAAUCAUUGAAUCUCUUCCGCCUAAACCCUGUUGCGACUAUUUGGUUUCACACUUUUUUAAAAACAUAUCCACUUUGUUCCCUAUUCUCCACGGGCCGACAUUCCAAAAACAAUAUACUAGAUUCAUGCAACGACCUCCUGACAUCGACAUACCUUGGCUGGCCUUGCUUUUCUCUAUGUGCUCUCUGGCUUUAAACACUAUGGAUGAAAGCGAUCCUAGGCUGGCACGUUACUUGUCUCAACUGCCUUCGAGCCCUGCGCAAGUUCCUGCUACGGUUUAUGUGUCUCGUCGCCUUCUCCGAACCGCAAUGACGUGUCUGUUAAAGGACAAUUUUUUUGUCAACCACAAAUUCAGCACAUUCGAGGCUUUGUUAAUGGUGAUUUACAAUCUUUCCCACAAUGAGUCUGUCGACCAAGGGUGGGCCUUGUUAGGGAUGGCAUUGAAUAUUGGCAUUGCAUUGCGGUGUAAUGUGGAUCAGAACCUAAGCCCCAUUGAGACAGAAAGACGGCGACGCUGUUGGGCUGGACUCUUAACAUUACAUACGUAUCAGGGCAUGCUAUUUCGGGAUGUUGAUAUGUCAUAUCUUCUCAACAUCAAGUCCUCCUUACCUGCCAAUGUCAAUGAUUCUGAUAUCACAGACGAAGGCAAAUUACAUCCGUCUAGUCGAGGCGAGCCUACGCAAAUGUCGGUCAUGUUGGACAAGGUUCGGCUUUUCCGGCUUUCUACUGAGAUCUGUCGUCAUAUAUCGGGCCCUUCGCGACUGGAUCAACAUUUACUGCAUGAAAUCGAUACAGCGAUAGCCCAGGAACAAAAACAAUGGGACUUUACAUAUAUGGUGGACGGCUCGCCAAGCAUUUUGGAUUCUACUAGCUACGCAUAUUGGUGCGUUUUGCAGACUUACGCACAUCAUCUCUACCUUCUUUUACACCGACCUUUCCACCAUUCUAGAUCAUCUUUGUUUCUUCCGACAUCCAGAGAAAGAUGUAUCAGCUCUAGUAAAGCCUUGAUAUCCAUUCACAGGGAGCUGUACGAAGCUCCACUACUCCGAAAUUAUCUCUGGUUACUCAGUGGGGUGACAAGUCUGAAAGCACUCCACGCUGCUGUGGCCCUCAAUUCGUGUCUUCAAGAUGUAUCAUCGGUAAUUGACUCAACAUACGACUUGGACUCUUUGCGGGAGGAGAUUGAAAACAUGGUCAUCCGUAUGAAAGACCUUUCAGGCCGCAGUAAUAUUUGCUCCAGAGCGUAUCGGAUCCUCCGCCAUUUGCAGAGCCAGACAGGCACGAGAGAUACCCCCGCAGGGAGCGUGGGGACUCAAGAGACUCAAUUUGAGACUUUAUUCGAUGAAUGGACUGACAUACGGGAAUGGAUGGAUACGGAUCUCAUCAAUUGGGUAGGAGGAAAUUUGGAUGGAGCUUUCAACGUCUUUGCUCCCUGA